GUCUUCUUUUUCACUUUUUUCAUGCUCUCGUGACAGUCCUUACAAACCCCCACCCCCUCAUCUCUCUCUGUCUCUCUCCUGUUACUGGCUACCCCAUAAACACCAGUCCUCUCCCUCCCUCUCUCUCUCUCUCUCUCUGUAAAACUCAUGGCUUCACACCGGGGAAUUACUUAUCAGUCGGAUCAGAAUCGCCACCACAAACCACCAAUAGAAGCCAACAAGUAAAUCGAAACUCAUUCUUUCAAUUCUUCUGGCAAAAACCUAUUUCAGUGGCAAUGUUUUUGAAUUCUGGGUGUGGAGCUGUUGUUCUUUUUUCAUUUGUUUCAUUUCUGUUGUUUUUGAGUCACCGAGUUGACUCGGAGCCAACUCAGGACAAGCAAGCCCUCCUUGCUUUCAUUUCCAAAACCCCACACGAAAAUCGCAUCCAAUGGAACGCUUCAGACUCAGCCUGCAGUUGGGUUGGCGUCGAAUGCGAUGCGAAUCAGUCUUUUGUUUACUCUCUCCGGCUUCCCGGCGUUGGCCUUGUGGGUCAGAUUCCGCCGAACACACUCGGCCAGUUGAGUCAGCUCCGAGUCCUCAGUCUCCGCGCGAACCGACUCACCGGCCAGAUUCCUUCUGAUUUCUCCAAUCUUAAGCUCCUCCGUAGCCUCUACCUUCAGAACAAUAAUUUAUCCGGCGAGUUCCCAUCGAGUCUCUUCGAGUUAACUCGCUUAACCCGUCUAGAUCUGUCCACCAACAACUUCACUGGUCCAAUCCCUUUUUCCGUCAACAAUCUAACACACCUAACCGGUCUUUUCUUGGAAAACAACGGGUUUUCCGGCAAUCUUCCUAGCAUUAACCCAGGCGGCCUUGUCGAUUUCAAUGUCUCGAACAAUCAUCUCAAUGGCUCAAUCCCUAGAACACUAUCUAAAUUCCCAGCUUCGGCAUUCACCGGAAACAUUGAUAUCUGCGGUGAACCACUACCCCCAUGUAACCCAUUUUUCCCCUCACCUUCUCCAUCGCCGCCAGUUGAGCCACCGGAAAAGCCAUUGCAUAAGAAAUCUAAAAAACUCCCCACAGCAGCUAUCAUUGCCAUAUCCAUAGGUUCAGCAUUACUUCUACUCCUCCUGUUACUCAUUCUCAUCCUCUGUUUGAGGAGGAAAAGGGGACAGUCUCCGAAAGCUGCUAAGCCGCCUACGACGGCGCGUGCGGCGGGGGAGGCGGGGACUUCUUCAUCAAAAGACGAUGUUACAGGUGGGUCUGCAGAAGGAGAGAGGAACAAGUUGGUGUUCUUCGAUGGUGGGGUGUAUAGUUUUGAUUUGGAGGAUUUGUUGAGGGCAUCGGCGGAGGUGUUGGGUAAAGGGAGUGUUGGGACGUCGUACAAGGCGGUGUUGGAGGAGGGCACGACGGUCGUAGUGAAGAGGUUGAAAGAUGUGGUUGUGACAAAGAAAGAGUUUGAGCAGCAAAUGGAGGUUCUGGGGAAGAUUAAGCAUGAAAAUGUGGUGCCUCUCAGAGCUUUCUACUACUCUAAGGAUGAGAAGUUGUUGGUUUAUGACUAUAUGCCUGCUGGGAGCUUAUCUGCUCUCCUCCAUGGGAGCAGAGGCUCAGGGAGGACACCAUUAGACUGGGACAACCGGAUGAAAGUUGCAUUAAGCACAGCCAGAGGCCUUGCACACCUUCACCUCUCAGGCAAAGUGGUCCAUGGCAACAUCAAGUCCUCCAACAUCCUUCUCCGGCAGGACACACAUGAUGCCUGCGUGUCUGACUUUGGGCUCAACCCGCUCUUCAGUGGCUCCACAUCGCCCAACCACCGCAUUGCUGGCUACCGUGCACCUGAAGUCCUCGAAGCACGCAGGGUUACAUUUAAGUCUGAUGUCUACAGCUUUGGGGUGUUAUUAUUAGAAUUAUUGACUGGAAAAGCACCAAACCAGGCCUCAUUGGGUGAGGAAGGCAUUGAUCUACCGAGGUGGGUCCAAUCAGUGGUCCGGGAGGAAUGGACCGCAGAGGUGUUUGAUGUGGAGUUGAUGAGGUACAAUAAUAUUGAGGAAGAGAUGGUACAAUUGUUGCAAAUUGCAAUGGCAUGUGUAGCCACUGUGCCUGAUCAGAGGCCGGAUAUGCGAGAGGUGGUGAGGAUGAUUGAAGAGAUGAAUAGAGCGGAAACCGAUGAUGGUUUACGACAGUCGUCCGAUGAUCCGUCAAAGGGAUCGGGUGGUCCCACUACUCCGGAAGCUAGGACCUCACCUCGUGGUGUCACACCUUAGUAGACACAACAACUCUUUCAAAACUCCCAAAAUAAAGAAAAGAAAAAGAGUAGGAUUUGGGUCUUUCCCAACAUACUCUCCAAUUUCUAUCAUUAUUGGUGAGAGAUCCUUUUAUCGUCUCACCGGUCGACCUUGCCCCCUUCCGAAAAAGUGGGGGGGGGGGGGGCGCUCAAAUUGGUGAAUUAAACUGUGUUGUGCAGAUGAUUGGGGAGGGUGAUUAGAAAUCAAGGUGGUACAUUAUGUUGGUUUUUUUUCUCUUUUUUAAAUUUUUUUGUUGUUGGAGGAUUUAAAGAAAUGUGCAUUGAUUUUUAUAGGUGGGUUCGGGGUUUGAAUUUAAAUGGUGUCGUGGGGGGAGAGUUCCAUGAACUGAUUGGAAUUGGACCAUUGGAUGGAGUUAGUUGUUUUUUCUAAAUUUUUAUCUGAUUCUUUGGAAUAUUUUAUUUGUCUGAAUAUGUCUAUAGCAUUUUUGGCUUUUUGUUGUAUUAUAUUGUUUAUUGUUAUUCUGACUUUUCUGUAACUUUGUGUGGUUGGAGGUUGACAACUGUUAAAGUUGAAAUUUUGCAUCUUUUAAAUUCCGAAGACUGGUUUUUCUUGCUGUUAGUCUUCUUCUGUCAGGCAGGGG